AUGAAGCUGAAUUUAAUUCGCCCCUUUGCAGACUUCAUAGACGAGGCUCUUUCUACCUUCGAUCGUAUCCCGCACCCUGAGGUUCUCAACAUCCAUAUCGAAGGUCAUCAGGACGAAAGCCUCAUCGCAUGGGAGACGUUUAAGCACGCAGCUAGCCUUCAAGAGGCCAUGCUCAAGUCUGACUAUAUGCAAAGACAUGAGGAUGUACAGCUCAGUGAGCUGUACGAUCCACUGUACUUGGGCGUACCUAUGAGCGAAUCGGCACUGAAGGAUAGAUUCCAACUGCCUCAUCAUCUACCGGACUCAUUCUACGCGGUAGUCCGACAGAUCACCGAAGGUUCUGGCUUCAUCCACUUCGAUGGAGACGCUGGUGCUCCUUGGGACGCUAGAAGCAUGAUAGAAGCCCGGAAGUACUGGACACCGCAGCAAUUCCUUGACGAGUGGGACACCGAGAUUUUCAGUGGAUUCGUGUCACAACCGUCAGGAGGUAUGGCAGCGUUCAAGCAGAUGUAUAAGCUAUAA